GCGGGCCCGCCCGCGCGCAGCGUCACUCCCCGGCGUGCCGCGCGCCGAGCUUCGCCUCCACCCGCCUGUUUUGGCCGACCCAAGAUGGCGGUGCAGGAGUCGGCGGCCCAGCUGUCGAUGACCCUGAAGGUGCAGGAGUACCCGACGCUCAAGGUGCCCUAUGAAACUCUGAACAAGCGCUUUCGUGCUGCGCAGAAGAACAUCGACCGUGAGACGAGUCACGUAACCAUGGUGGUGGCUGAGCUGGAGAAGACCCUGGGCAGCUGCCCUGCCGUGGACUCGGUGGUCAGUCUGCUGGAUGGUGUGGUGGAGAAGCUCAGCGUCCUCAAGCGGAAGGCGGUGGAGUCCAUCCAGGCUGAGGACGAGAGUGCCAAGCUGUGCAAGCGUAGGAUCGAGCACCUGAAGGAGCAUAGCAGUGACCAGCCAGCGGCCGCCAGCAUGUGGAAGCGGAAGCGUAUGGACAGGAUGAUGGUGGAGCACCUGCUGCGCUGCGGCUACUACAACACUGCCGUGAAGCUGGCACGCCAGAGCGGCAUUGAGGACUUAGUGAACAUCGAGAUGUUCCUGACGGCCAAAGAGGUGGAGGAGUCCCUGGAGCGCCGAGAGACAGCCACAUGCCUGGCCUGGUGCCACGACAACAAGUCCCGGCUGCGCAAGAUGAAGGGCCGCCAAGGCGAGCAGGACGUGAAGACGGGACGCAGGGGUAGAGCGGCCAGUGGCUCCCCUAAAGAGAGUGAGGAUCUUGGUAUGGAGCCCCUAAAAGGAAAGCCUGAAUUGAGCUGCCUGGAGUUCAGCCUCCGAAUCCAGGAGUUCAUUGAGCUCAUCCGCCAGAACAAGAGGCUGGACGCUGUGAGACAUGCAAGGAAGCACUUCAGCCAGGCCGAGGGAAGUCAGCUGGAUGAGGUCCGGCAGGUGAUGGGCAUGCUGGCCUUCCCGCCGGACACACACAUCUCCCCCUACAAGGACCUCCUGGACCUGGCCCGGUGGCGAAUGCUGGUGCAGCAGUUCCGGUACGACAAUUACCGCCUGCACCAGCUGGGGAACAGCUCGGUGUUCACCCUCACCCUGCAGGCUGGCCUCUCAGCCAUCAAGACCCCACAGUGCUACAAGGAAGAUGGCAGCUCCAGAAGCCCCGACUGCCCUGUGUGCAGCCGCUCCCUGAACCAGCUGGCCCAGCCACUGCCCAUGGCACACUGUGCCAACUCCCGCCUCGUUUGCAAGAUCUCCGGCGAUGUGAUGAAUGAGAACAACCCACCCAUGAUGCUACCCAAUGGCUAUGUCUACGGCUACAAUUCUCUGCUCUCUAUCCGUCAAGAUGAUAAGGUUGUUUGCCCGCGAACCAAAGAAGUGUUCCACUUCUCACAGGCGGAGAAAGUAUACAUCAUGUAGGCUUCGGCUUGGCGCUUGCCGGGCGGCCGUGGGCACGAGGCACCGGUCCGCGCCUGCCUCGCCUUCCUGCUUCUUGCGACCAAAGACCAGUGAGCAACGAAGAAUGCUCUGGGAAGAGAGGAAAUCACUCUAGCAAGUUUGUACUGGAAAACAUUUGGUUGGUAGGAUUUUGUAACAUAAAUCAGCUAUUUGAUGCUUCUGAAAUGAACUUUCACCUUUCAAAGAAACUUUCCUUUAAAGACUGAACCUGAAGGGAAGGUAGUACAUUUCACAGAUGGGAAUCGACCUGCUGUGUCCCCACAGUUGCUCCCUUUCGCUAAUGACGAACCUGGGGAGCCACCCUUGGUGGCUGCUGGCUCCCGUCAUCCGUGCGCCUUAUUUCCUGCUGAAGAACGGACUCCUGCAGAGGCCUACCAGACCAGCGUCUGGAGGCUUGGCUGUGUGGGUCCACAACUCAGAACUAAACACUGCUCAUGCCAGAAAUGAACCUUCUGUUGAAAUCUCACUGCUGACUCCAAUCAGACAAGCGUCCCACACACAGCCACAACGUAGAAGUACUUAGCACCUAUUUUUGCAUGUUGGUGUCGAUUAGCUAAUAAACUGUAAAUGUAAAACCUGUUAAUAAAAGGGUUUUCUAUUUCUCA